AGACCUUGGCUGCCUAGUUCGUGGUCGAGCCCAAAUGGAGAUACACCAGCUUGUUCGAGCCAUGGCUGCCGAGCUGAGCUCGCUUCCCCUCUUCGCGAUUGCGGCCUCCGUCGCGUCGUUCGUUCUCCUUAGAUUACUUUUGGCCUCUCCAUUUCUCCGGCGGCGGAACUGGCCGGGUUCACCGCCGGGGCCGAUAGGCGUACCCAUACUAGGCUACCUCCCUUACCUGUCGGACCGGCUGCACGAGGACCUCCACAAGCUCUCCUUCAAGUACGGCCCGCUCUUCAGCCUGAACAUGGGCCUGCGCCCGGCAAUCGUGGCCUCGAGCCCGGCCGUGGCCCGGGAGAUGCUCAAGGUCAAGGACUCGUCCUUCUCGAGCCGGACGAUAACGGAGGCGGUCCGGACCGUGACCUACGACGCGACGUCGCUGGUGUUCGUGCCCUACGGGUCGCGGUGGCGGACGCUGCGCAAGAUCCUGACGACGGAGCUGUUCUCGUCCCGGUCGAUCGAGCAGCUGAGCCCGGCGCGGCGGACGCAGGUGGACUGGAUGCUGCGGACGAUGCGGAGGGCGGGGUCGAGGGGGGAGGCGGUGAACUUGGCGGAAUCGACGUUCAUCGUGUCGGCGAACCUGGUGAGCAACCUGGUGUGCAGCAAGAACCUGUUCGACCCGGAGAAGGAAGGGGGGAAGGAGCUGAAGGAGAUGGUGUGGGAGAUACUGGAGGUGGUGGGCGCCCCCAACCUGGCGGACCUCGUUCCGUUCCUGCAGGUGCUGGACCCGCAGGGGCUGAGGCGGCGGGUGAGCAAGGUGGUGAAGAGGUUCGACGACUUCUUCGAGCAGCUGAUCGACGAGAGGAUGGAGGAGAGGAGGCGGGGGGCGAAGGCCAACCCGGAGGGGAGGCUCGACAUGCUGGACGUGUUCCUGGACUACAAGAGCGAGAAGAAGGACGAUGAGCUCAAGGAGUUCUCCAGGGUCGACAUCAAGGGCAUGCUCUCAGACAUGUUUGUGGCUGGUACAGACACUUCGUCCAGCACGGUGGAGUGGGGACUCACGGAAAUACUAAGGAAGCCGGAAGUGCACAAGAAGAUCAUGGCGGAACUGGACCAAGUGGUCGGAACGGACCGGAAAGUGGAAGAGACCGACAUCCCCAAGCUCACCUACUUACAGGCCGCAGUGAAGGAGACAUUCCGGCUGCACCCAGGUGUUCCCCUUCUUAUACCUCGCCGCACCAAUGAAGACUGCGAGGUCGCCGGGUACCAUGUGCCGAAGCACGCGAUCGUGUUUGUUAACGUAUGGGGAAUGGCCCGGAACCCGGACAUAUGGAGGAACCCGCUGGAGUUCAGUCCGGAGCGCUUCCUAGACAACGAACUGGACGUGAAGGGUCAAGACUUCGAGCUCCUGCCGUUCGGGACGGGGCGGAGGUCGUGCGUGGGCAUGCCGCUGGGUCACAGGAUGGUUCAUUUCUCUCUGGCUUCGUUGCUGCACUCCUUUGUGUGGGACUUUCCGCCGGAGAUCCUCGCCGACAUGACGGAGAAGGUUGGGAUCACGCUUCAGAAGGCGAAGCCGCUGGUUGGCAUCCCGAAACCACGCUUACCGGAGCACCUCUACGGAGGAGGAAGUCUGUGACUGAGCUCGGGGUUCACCAACUACCUACUCUGGCUUAGCCCGUAGUGAGGCUCAGCCGAAUUGCCGUUGGCUUUUGAGUUGAGAAUGCAAGAGUGUUUUUUCUUUUUUUCUUUUUUCCCUUUAUUGGUGG